AGCCCAGAUAAAAUAGGGGAGGGUAUUUGGUGUCUGUGUCAAUCAGUGAACACUGACGCCAAAUGAGCCUUUUUGUGCGCCAUAAAUCAUUUGCGCCAAUCCCCAUGACUUUCCUCUGACCUGCCUCCUCCUCCUCCUCCUCCAGUAAGAAUAAAAAGCUCUCAUCCAGCGUUCUUGUUGAUUUCCUCGGUCACCAUGCUGCAGCUUUUGACCUUUCUGGUAGAAAAACUUUCUCUCCUCCUCAGGCUCAAAUGCCUGGAGUCACCCUGGUGGUGGGAGAAUAAUGAUCGGGAGCGCGCCGCGCCGCGCGCUCCACCUCCAUCCCCGCAGAGAGGGGACCUGCUGGAGGUUCCCAGAACCCUCUUCACCCACUUCGGCAUCUACCUGGGCGACAACCGCGUGGCGCACCUUAUCCCUGACAUCCUCCCCGUGUUCACAAGCAACAGCAAGCUGAUCCGCACCGUCAUCACCAACGACAGGCUCAUCCUGGGCUGCAUCUACAGGAGAGCCACGGUCCGAGUGGACUCGCUGGAGGACUUCGCGUACGGCUCCAGCAUCCUGGUGAACCGCGCGGACAGGAUGAUGCAGACGCAGCCGCUGCCCGCCGAGCGCGUGGCGCAGAGGGCCGAGAAACUGCUGGGAGACGUUCAGUACAGCCUGCUGUGGAACAACUGCGAGCACUUUGUCACUUUCUGCAGAUACGGCUCUGCCACCAGCAGGCAGACUGACAAGUUCUUUGAAAGUUUGAAAUCUGUGAUCAGAGACCAGCGCAGCGUCAUCCUCACGGGGCUUCUUGGCUUUAUCUCCUUGGUUUGCUUCGGCGUCGCUCCAUCAACCACUCUCCCCACCAUUCUGAUCCCCUUCUCUUUGUGGAUGGCCGGUUGAGGAAGUUUCUCCACUGGUAAUAGAGGAAAAAAACUUGACACAAAUAUGAGAAGGACUGAAACAUACGCGUAUCAUCUUCAUCAUGU